AUGGACGAUAAGCCAGAUAGGUCUACAACACCUGACAGGGUACACCAUCUCUACGGUCAUGGAGUGUGCAAAUGGCCAGGUUGUGAAAACCCUUGUGAAAAUUUAGACGCAUUUAUCAAGCAUUUAAACACAGAACACAUCUUAGAUGAUCGUUCUACCGCUCAAGCACGGGUACAAAUGCAAGUAGUCUCACAAUUAGAACUUCAACUACAAAAAGAACGAGACCGACUCCAAGCCAUGAUGCAUCAUUUGCAUCUUUCUAAGCAGAUGAGCUCUCCGGAUCCUCAUAAAGACUCGCCAGUUGGUUCUGUAAAGCUACCUGUCAGUUCUGCUUUACCCCAACCUCCCGUUUCUAUGGGACCUAUGGUCUCGGCAGUAAGGUCCCCAGUGUUGCAUUCACCCUCACCGAACGUUGCAGGGCCGAUACGGAGGAGACUGAGCGAUAAGUCAGCAUUGUCUUUAGCAGGUGAAAUUCAAAGAAAUAGGGAAUUUUACAAGAAUGCCGAUGUAAGGCCCCCAUUUACAUACGCGUCCCUAAUUAGACAGAUAUUAAGGUCUCCCAUGAACGGUGGACUUCAUGUUAAACAAGAGUUGACCCAAGAGCAUCACAUGAGGAGCGAUCGUGAUCGUGACCGUGAUCAUGAAAUGCAUCAUGUCAUAAAGCGUGAAAUGCUCUCUGAAUACGAAGACUUGGAUCAAGAGCAGUCGGAAAAUGUAGCAGAAGAUCUCACAAUAGCUUCAGAUCAUACGGAGUCGAACAUUGUCGACCAAUAG